GUGAUCUUGGGAACCCCGUUUGAUGUGAACGCGUCGGCUAUCACAGGCAACGUACCACCACCGUACCUAGACAGCAGGAACCUCAGUGCCAUCUUCCAACAGGAACACAAGGCUGCUCAAACUGAGAUCCCGAACCUCCAGGAUCCUGUCUAUUGCGCCUACGCCACAUGGCUCUGCAACCAGAUGCCUCGGUCUAUACGAGCCUCCUUCGCACGCGCGGUGCGGUCUAUAGCUCAGCGGACGCGCAUCGAGUCGGCGCUGACCCUACGCUGGCAGGCGUCGGCGCUUGACUGCCUUCAGGAGGCCGCCGAGGCCUUCCUUGUGGACCUCUUCUCGUACGCGGCGUUGGCGGCUGCCCACGCGAAACGCGUCACCGUGAAGCCUGUGGAUCUGCAUCUUGUCUGCAGGUUCAUCCAUUUCCUUCAGUAA